AUGGACAGGUCAGCGGUGUGGGCGGGGCCUGUGCACAGGUGCAUGCUGGUCCUGACGUGUCUGCUCCUGCUGUGUGAGGUCAUGGCCGGAUGUCUCUGUAACUCCCUCAUUAACAUGGUGGACAGCUUCCACACCCUCUACGUCCUCAUUCACAUGAUCAUCUCCAUACGAGGUUCUAAAGAGAACUCCAGCAUCUCUGCAGGACCUCAGGAUGAGGCGUGUCCCGACGCGGGCGCUGAUGGUUUUCAGUACGUUAGGACUCGUGUGCGGCCGGUCGGAGGUCUGAUCUCGGCCCUGCUGCUCUCCUCACUGUGCGUCUCCAUCGGCUUCCAUAUCCUGGGCCACGUCCUGCAGCCUCACGCCUUACAGCACCCCCUACUGGCCACGGCUGUGGGCGCGGUCAGUCUGCUGUUUAACCUUCUGCUGCUGGUGUGGAGAAGACGGAGACAAACAGAUACAGGAGUUACAGAACACAGAACAGGUGAGACAGAAGCACCUUUAACUCCAGCAGGUUCUCCUGACGAUGAUGUUCUGAUGUUCUGUAACAACAGAGUGUCCACCGUUCUCCAUCCGGACUCUCAGGAUCGCCGCAUUCAUCCUAAGCCCAAGUCCAUUUCCCAUGAUUCCACUCACACAGGAACAGUCAGAGGAGAGGCUCAGCGCAGCAGCGGCGGCUCAGGCCACGGCGCAGCGCAGCAGCGUGACGUGAGUGUGUGUAUCAGGAGCAUCAUCACUGCGUUCCAAAGCCUCCUGGGUUCUGCUCUGGUUCUGCUGAACGGACUCCUCCACCAGCACUGUGCGAGCUUUCCGUGGAGCUGUGAUGUGAUCGUGUACCUGGACCCGGGGUUCUCCGUGCUCACAGUGCUGGUCCUGUUGGCGGUGAUGGUUCCUGAGCUCCGGCGUCACGUCUUACUCCUGCUCCAGGCGUCUCCACCCGGCCUGUGCACAGACGAGCUGACGGUAGCGAUCGGGCGUGUCCCCGGCGUGCUGGCCGUGCACGAGCUCCACGUGUGGCAGCUCACCGAGACGUGUGUCGUGGCCUCGGUGCACGUUCACUGUUCGUCGGGUCUCGGCACGCGCGAGUGUUCUCACUUCCUGCGCAGCAUCACGGAGGUUCUGAGGAGGUUCGGGGUGAAGCGCUGGACGGUGCAACCCGAGUUCCCGACCUCGCUCCCCGAGGACGCUUCGUUCCGGUCCGGCUGCACGCUGCGCUGUGGAAAAGCCUGUGUGAGGAAGAUGUGCUGCUUACCUCCUGAGGAACGUCUCAGCUCCACGUCUGUCCUCGCGCAGAACAAGGACACCAUCAUUCUGAACACACACUUCUAACACUGAUUGUAAACAGGCAAUUACAUCAUUAUAUCAGUUACAGCAUUACUCUGAUUGCUCAAGUCUGAACAUGUUCUCUACACGGCUGAAAGAAUCACCUUCAUGUAGAGGAGGGCAAAGAACACAAAAGAACACAAAAGAA